AUGGACAAUAUUGCCGAAUUUUCGCAAUUACUCGAAAAGUUACUAAGCUCAGACAACACCGUCCGAAAAGAGGCUGAGGAGGUGUUCGAAAAAAUCGACAAAUGUCAAAAGGCAUCGGCGCUAUUUGUCGCUGCCAAGACCAAUGAAUUAAGCGUUGAGGGCAGGAAGACAGCCUUAGUGCUGUUGAGGCGUCUGCUCACGUCCUCAUGGAACGAUGUCUGGGAUAAUUGGUCACCGGAAGUGAAAGAAUCUUUCAAGGCUGAGCUAUUGACGUUGGUAAGGAUGAACCAGCCGGAGAUAUUGAGGAAGCAGAUGUGCAAGGUGAUAGCGGAAGUCUCCCGAAAUAGCAUAGACGACGAUGCCGCACAAACUUGGCCGGAAGUGCUUAAGUUUAUGUUCGAAUGUGUGCAGUCGAAUGAGAACCACUGUAAGCAAACUGCUUUGGAUAUUAUAGAAAGCGUUCCGUCCGUGUUCGGCAACCAGCAGGCACAUUAUUUGCCAGUCAUAAAAAAUAUGUUGAUGGCUUGUCUGACUUUUCAAGAUUCGCUUGAUGUACGAAUGGCGGCCAUGAAAGCUACCGUCGCUUUUGUCAUCGACAAUGUUGAAGACAUGACGUUGGCGAAGAGCUUUCAGCCACUCACUCGGCCGAUCCUUGCCGUCUGUGCCGAAACGAUCGAGAAGGGUGAAGACGACUGUUGUUUGCUGGCGCUGACCGAACUGACCGGCUCAGUACCGAAAAUGUUCAGGGCCGAUUUGAGUGAGUUGCACAGCCUUUUCCUCAAGACCAUGGCAAACAAACAGAUCGACUCAAACUUUCGGCACGCGAUGCUAGAGGCGAUGGUCAGCUUGUGCGAAGAGGCACCUCCUUUGGUUCGAAAAGAAGGAUCACAGAUUAUCCCUGACAUGAUUCAACAGUGUUUGGCAUUGAUGGUCGACAUCGAGGAUGACGAAGACUGGGCAACAGCGGAUGAUUACGAAGACGAAGACAGUGAUAGCAGUGCUGUCGUUGGCGAGACCUCGUUGGAUCGACUGGCUUGCUGUCUUGGGGGAAAAGUGUUCCUUCAACCAUGCUUGCAGUUUAUUUCACCGAUGCUGUCGAAUGCUGACUGGAAGUACAGAUAUGCUGGCUUAAUGGCUCUGUCGACUAUUGGCGAAGGCUGUCACCGUCAAAUGGAAACGAUAUUGGACAAAGUGGUGGAUUGUCUCUUGCCGUACCUGCGUGAUGCGAACCCGCGCGUUCGCUAUGCAGCGUGCAAUGCCGCAGGUCAGCUGUCAACCGAUUUCGCGCCAACUCUACAGAAGCGAUACCACCAAAAGUUGCUUCCUGAACUGAUGCUGGUGCUUGAAGACCUGGAAAACCCUCGGGUAGCAGCACAUGCAGCGGCUGCACUUGUCAACUUCUGUGAAGAUGCUCCAAAGAACGUCGUGACUAUGUAUCUGGAAGCGUUGAUGCAGAAACUUGAAUUCGUGCUGCAGCAUACAUUCAAAGCGCUCUUAGAAAAAGGCAAGAAGCUGGUAUUGGAGCAAGUGAUAACAACAAUAGCAUCCGUGGCUGACAGUGCCGAAGAAAGCUUCAUCACUUACUAUGACAGAGUGAUGCCUUGCUUGAAGUACAUCUUGCAAAACGCUAUCCAGCCAGAACUUCGCAUGCUUCGUGGUAAAACGACGGAAUGCAUCUCAUUGAUCGGCCUUUCGGUUGGCAAGGAGAAGGUGUCGUAUAUGAUCAGUGCUUGGGCGAGACUAUGCAAGGUACUCGGAAAGGACUUUCAACAGUACCUCCCGCUGGUAAUGCCGACUGUUAUGAACACUGCUGCACUGAAGCCUGAAAUGACGCUUGUUGAAGAGGAAGACGCCGAAGGACUCCAGGAAGAGGACAACGAAUGGCAGUUUCUUAACAUUGGAGAUAAGCAAAGCUUUGGCAUUAGAACGGCGGGCCUUGAAGACAAAGCGACCGCAUGUCAGAUGCUUGUCUGCUAUGCCCGCGAACUGAAAGAAAGUUUCGCCGACUAUGUCGAACCUGUGACCAAGUUGAUGGUGCCGCUACUGAGGUUCUACUUCCACGAUGGCGUCAGAACGGCCGCUGCAGAAAGUUUGCCAUAUCUACUGGAAGCAGCGAAGGUUAAAGGCGCGGUGUUCGUUUCGCAAAUGUGGCGGUACAUAUUUCCUGAACUUGUUCAAAGCAUCCCAGCUGAUAGUGACAAUAACGUCAUUACUGAAUUGAUGUGGUCCCUUGCCAAGUGCAUCGAAUGUCUUGGUGCUAACUGUCUGAGUAACGAAGACAUGGAAAAAAUCGCAGACAUGUUGGAGAAAUAUUUGAUUAAGCAUUUCGAAAACGAAAUUAAGCGGGAAGAGACGAGGAAAGGAGAGGAUUACGAUGAAGAAGUUGAAAACGAACUGGCUGAUGAACACGACGAUGACACGUUUGUAUUGGGCAAAAUGUCUGACAUCUUGCACUCCAUGUUCCAGACUCAUACUGAAGCAGUAGUGCCUUACUUCGACAAACUCGUGUCAUAUAUAUUUCAAUUAGUCGAACCGACUAGACCAUAUGGCGAUCGGCAGUGGGGAAUUUGCAUGUUUGACGAUAUAUUCGAAUUUGGCGGAGCUGCAUCGGUGAAGUACUUGCCUCGCAUACUACCGUGCAUGAUAGCCGGCCUGCAGGAUGCCUAUCCUGAAGUUCGACAAGCGGCUGCUUACGGCAUAGGGAUAAUGGCGAUGUGCGGUGGUAACGCUUGUGCUCAGGCUUGUUCCGAAUCCUUACCUUACUUGAUCAAAAUGAUACGGGAUCCAAAUGCAAGGUCAACGGAAGCCAUGUCGAGCGCCACCGAGAAUGCUAUUUCAGCAGUAGCAAAGAUUAUGAAAUACAACUGCAGCAUGAUCGACGCUUCAUUAAUUUUACCAGCUUUCAUUUCAUGGCUUCCAAUCUGGGAGGAUAAGGAGGAAGUGCCACAUGUUGGUGAAUUUUUCUGCGACCUUAUCGAGAGCAACAAUCCUAUCGUUGUCGGUCAAGAUCAUGCAGGCCUACCCAGGAUCUUACAAAUUAUCUGCGAUUUUGUCAUAAAGCAGGCUUUCUCUAACGCGAGCGAUCCCGUCCUGCAGCGGAUGUUGAAUGUUGUACGGCAGCUACAAGCGAAUCCCGAUUUAUUCAAUUCCUGCGUUUCAUCGCUGACCCCGGAACAGGCGACCGCCCUACACGCUGCCCUGCAGUAA